AUGUAUCUCUGGCUGCCCAUCUCUAUCUAUCUAUCUAUCUAUCUAUCUAUCUAUCAUAUCUAUCUAUCUAUCUAUUUUUCUUCCAGGGGUAAUAUGUACGUCUCUGCAUAUUCCUCUUCCGAUUUCAUAGAUCGUGUCAUGAACCACGAACCAUUUAAAUACCAAUGCAUAUCCAUCUGCUCGCAAUUGUUAUCUAUCUAUCUAUCUAUCUAUCUAUCUAUCUAUCGCAGUCUCUUCAUGAUCUAUAAUAAAUCCGGGAUUGGUUCAAAUCUAUCUAUCUAUCUAUCUAUCUAUCUAUCUAUCUAUCUAUCUAUCUAUCUAUCUAUGUCAGUAUGUUCAUAUCUAUCUAUGUAUCUAUCUCAUACUGAACCACAUCUAUCUAUCUAUCUAUCUAUCUAUCUAUCUAUCUAUCUAUCUAUCUAUCUAUGUCAGUCUGUUCAUAUCUAUGUAUCUAUCUCAUACUGCACCACAUCUAUCUAUCUAUCUAUCUAUCUAUCUAUCUAUCUAUCUAUGUCAAUCUAUCUAUCUAUCUAUCUAUCUAUCUAUCUAUCUAUUAGUGUAUUGCCCGUCAAAACUGACUCGAGCGAUUAUGUAUUGCUCAAUACUGCUAACUAG